GUGAAUAGAACCGCGAGCAACACGAACCCGUUUCUCGCGUCUCCCUCUUAUAUAUUCGCAACAAUCAACACAUACAACCAUGGCAGCUGCAAGAGGAACCGCAAAGGUGCUGCAGAAGCUCGAAAAGUCAGUCAGCGACGGAAACUAUUAUGAGGCCCAUCAGAUGUAUCGCACUGUCGCCAAUCGAUAUGUGAAAGCGCACAACUACAAGGAUGCAAUUGACCUAUUGCACUCGGGGUCUUUGCUCCUUCUCAAGCACAAGCAGACUGGCUCAGGCACAGAUCUGGCAAUAUAUCUCAUCGAGGUCUACAAUCUCGACAAGGUCCCUGUCACUGAAGAGUCGCGAGAUCGUAUUUUCGAUCUUGCCGAUUUGAUGGACAAUGAGAACAGUCAGCGAAAGUCCUUCCUACAGAACGCUAUCAGCUGGUCAGCAAACAACAGCGAGUACAGGAACGGGGACCCUCUUCUUCAGCAUUACAUUGGAUUGAUCUUCUGGAGAGAGAAGGAUUACAACCAAGCAGAGGCACAUUUCCUGGUCGGUACUCAGGAAAGCGCGGAGGCAUUGGGCCAUGUUCUCUUUGAAUGGUCAGAACUGGAGCCUAGUCACGACAAGGGUGCGUAUCUGUUGCGAGGAGUCCUUCAGGAACUGGCCAUGCGCAAUUUGCGAGAUGCCAAUAUCGUUUUCAGGACGUUUAUGGAGAGAUUGCCCCCGACCUAUUUGGCCUCUGAACAAAAGACAUCCGAUGGCUCAAAGACUAUCCAGACGUUUAAGUCUUCGUUGCUGAAUUUGACCCAGCUGCUGCUGCUGGCGUGCGAGACGGGCAACCCAGCGAUUUUCAAGCAGGUCUCAGCAAAGUACAGACCUGCCCUUGCCAUUGACGAGAACUUUGGCGCUUUGAUGACGACGAUUGGGGAGCUCUUCUUUGGUAUCAAGGCGCCCAAGCAGGCCAACAUGUUGGCAGAUUUGAUGAGCAGCCUGUUCUCAGGCCCUCCCUCCUCAGCAUCACGACCAGCUUUGGGUUCAGGAAGCGCACAGCCGCCACAGCCUGCCAUCGAGGAGAUGGACUAGAGCCGUGAAUAGUGGCUUUUGAUACUUUCUUUCCCCUCUCUGAAAUGAGAUUAGCAUGAAGACGCAUCAUGACCAACGGAUGUUGAUUAAAGAGUUCAGAAGGAAGUGCACCAUCCAUAAACCAUCUAUGAAACAGUUGCUUCUUGAUCGGAUUUGUUCCUGGACGAUGUCGUCAGAAUUUCAAUCCGUUAUGGACUCUGCAUCU